UGCGUGUUAAGUUUUUUUGGACUGUGUGUGUGUGUCUCGCCUGCUGCUUCUUCACGUUUUCAUUUCAAUGCGCUCAUAUUUGUACGUACGCGAGUGCGGUUGUGUGUGUUGAUUUUUACUGCGGCGCGCUACCCUAGUGUGUAUGUAUAGCAGCCGCCAAAGCCGUCGCUACAACUACCACCACAGGAAGGAAGCGGUGACCAGGCCGUGGAGAGGCCAAAGAAUAUAACUGAGAGAGCGCACCAGUAUUGCAAGCUGCCUCAGGUCAGCUGCAUAACAUGAAACACAGCCAUGCCUUCGGCACGUCCUGGUAGUCUUAAAGAUCCGGAAAUAGCCGAUCUGUUCAACAAGCAUGAUCCAGAGAAGAUCUUUGAGGACUUGCGCGAAAUCGGCCAUGGGUCAUUCGGUGCCGUCUACUAUGCGCGCUGCAAUCUCAACAAAGAGAUUGUGGCCAUCAAAAAGAUGUCGUAUACGGGUAAACAGAGUCAGGAGAAGUGGCAAGACAUACUCAAAGAGAUACGUUUCCUACGUCAAUUGAAUCAUCCGAAUACCAUUGAAUACAAAGGCUGCUACCUGCGCGAAUCGACAGCGUGGUUAGUGAUGGAAUACUGCGUCGGCUCGGCCUCUGACAUCAUUGAGGUUCACAAAAAGCCACUGCACGAGGAUGAGAUAGCGGCCAUUUGCCUUGGCGUCCUCAGCGGUCUCAGCUAUCUGCACACUCUCGGGCGUAUUCAUCGUGAUAUCAAGGCGGGCAACAUUCUGUUAACAGAUAAUGGUGUCGUUAAGCUGGCGGACUUUGGCAGUGCGGCCAUUAAGUGUCCGGCCAAUAGCUUCGUAGGCACACCCUAUUGGAUGGCGCCCGAGGUAAUUCUGGCCAUGGAUGAGGGCCAGUAUGACGGCAAAGUGGAUGUCUGGUCAUUGGGCAUAACGUGCAUUGAGCUGGCCGAGCGCAAGCCGCCCUAUUUCAACAUGAAUGCCAUGUCGGCGCUCUAUCAUAUAGCACAGAACGAGUCGCCGGCAUUACCGAAGAAUGAUUGGUCGGAUGCAUUUUGCAACUUCGUUGACUUGUGUCUCAAGAAAAUGCCCGCGGAACGACCUUCAUCGGCCCAGCUGCUCUUGCAUAUCUAUGUAACACGUCCGCGUUCCGUUACUGUGCUCCUGGAGCUGAUUGCGCGCACCAAGUCGGCAGUGCGGGAACUCGACAACCUAAAUUAUCGGAAAAUGAAGAAGAUACUCAUGGUGGACACAUGCGAGACGGAGAGUGCUGUGGGCGAUAUGGACGAUCAGCAGGACGACCACGCAGGCGGCGACAGCAGCAAAAGUAAUAGUAUUACUUCAGAACACUCCAUACACUCGAUGGGUGUAUCGGCGGCCAGUAGUCAGAGCUCCUCAUCGAAUUCCAUACCGGCUGCGGCACAGAAUCACCACCAUAUUGGAGCGCAUCAUCAUCAGCAGAUGGCCGCGGCCAUGCACCACCACCAGCAGCAGCAGCAACAGCAGCAGUUGGGCUGGUCGAACAAUGCUAAUUCACACCAGCAGGCAGGGGGAGCUGGCGUUGUAUCGCGCAACUCCUCGCGUCAACGUAACCUGCCACCGCUGCCGAACAUCAUGCACAGCAUGAAUAACAAUGUAACGCCUACAAACUCGGCGUCUGUUGUGCCAGCACCGGCGCCUCCGUUGCCGGUACUGCCGCUGCCCGCAUCCAUGUCACACGGACUGAGCACAGGCACCACUGGCAGCAACAGUGGCGGCUCUCCAGCAACAUCAUCGGCGGCAGGCGCCUGUGGUGAUCGCAUGCCGACUAUUCAGCCGCGUUAUCUGUCAACGGCUGCAGCCCAGGCAGCUAUCUAUGCUGCCACAUCGGCCUCGUCGCAACAGACCAUCUCCAAUGCGGUGAACGAUCAUGGAUCCAAUUUUGCCACCAUACGCACCACCAGCAUUGUCACCAAACAGCAAAAGGAGCACAUGCAGGAGGAGAUGCACGAACAAAUGUCUGGCUACAAGCGCAUGCGACGUGAGCAUCAGGCCACGCUCCUCAAACUGGAGGAGAAAUGCAAGGUCGAAAUGGAGACGCACAAGGGAGCACUGGACAAGGAAUAUGAAACCUUGUUGCAUAGUUUUACCAGAGAUCUGGAGCGUCUAGAGACUAAGCAUCAGCAGGACGUGGAGCGACGCGCCAAGCAGACGGCCGCAGCUGAAAAGAAACUACACAAAGAGAUUACUGCGAAGCAAGAGGGCGAUCGCAAGGCGUUUGAUUUGAACCGCAAAAAAGAAUACAAAGCGAACAAAGAGCGCUGGAAACGCGAGCUCUCGAUGGAUGAGUCAACGCCAAAGCGUCAGCGUGAUUUAACCUUGCAGACGCAAAAGGAUACUAUGAAGCAGUACGAGGCGCAGGAAGAACAACGCUUGCUGCAGGCACAGAAGCAAUAUAUUGAGCUCGAAAUGCGUAAAUUCAAACGAAGACGCAUGAUAAUGCAGCACGAGCUAGAAGAUCAGCUUCUGCGUGACGAGCUCAGCAAGAAACAGCAGCAGUUGGAGCAAGCGCAUGCCAUGCUACUAAAGCAUCAUGAAAAGACACAAGAGUUGGAGUAUCGCCAACAGAGAAGCGUGCAUAUGUUACGCGAGGAGCAGAUAACCAAGCAACACGACACGGAGUUGCACAAUCAACAAGACUACAUGGAUCGCAUUAAGAAAGAGUUGGUGCGCAAACAUGCGCUCGAACUAAGACAACAGCCCAAGAGCCUUAAGCAAAAAGAAUUACAAAUACGUAAACAGUUUCGGGAGACUUGUAAAACACAGACAAAACAAUAUAAACGCUACAAGGCCCAAGUACUGCAAACGACACCCAAAGAGCAACAGAAAGAGGUUAUCAAGCAACUGAAGGAGGAGAAACAUCGCAAAAUGACGCUGUUGGGCGAACAGUACGAACAAAGCAUUGCGGAUAUGUUCCAAAGUCAAAGCUAUAAACUGGACGAGAGUCAAGUGAUUGAGUGCCAACGUACCAAUGAGCAAUUGGAAUACGAACUGGAAAUGCUCACUGCCUAUCAGAACAAGAACAAGAAGCAAGCGCAAGAGCAACGCGAUCGGGAGCGACGCGAGCUCGAGAAUCGUGUGAGCGUGCGUCGUGGUUUGUUGGAAAAUAAGAUGGCCGGCGAAUUGCAGCAAUUUAAUCAGGAGCGUGCCGAACGUUUGCGCAUGAAACAUGAGAAGCAUGCUAAAGAAUUGGAAGCUUUUGAUAAUGAUUCACUAGCUUUAGGUUUCAGCAAUUUAUCGCUAACCGAAGUAUCACGUGAGACCUACCCGGACGAGGAGGGUAGUCUGUCGGGUUCAAUGAUUAGUUUAGCACAUAGCCAUAGUUCAACAAGUUUUCCGGCUGGUUCGCUAUAGCAUAGACAUAAAUCACAGCAACAACAGCAACUCCAACAACAACAACAGAUGAAGAAGCAGCAGCAGAAACACCAACUACAACAAACACAACAACCAUAUAGCAAUUUAAACUAUUGUAAUUUUAAUGGAAAUUUUAAACCAACCGUAACAACAAAAACUACAAAUUCAACUAACAAAGCCAGACACAGGCCACAAACCUAACAACAACAAUAGCCAUAUGAGGAAGCCUGUCUACACAUACAAAACACACACAUGAUAUCCGGUUAGAGUUGUUUUUGUAGCCCAAGUUGAAAAAAACAAAACAAAAAAAAAACGAAAAGAGAAAAAGAUAACCUUUAAAAAUUCCGAAAACAAAAAAGUAAACAAAUUGACAACAAUGACAUAAAUAAGCAAGCAAGCAAGUAUUUUCUAAUGAUAACAACAGCAAGUUGCAAUAGUUUUGUAUUAAAGGAUCAAAUCAAAUAACAAAGUAACACUAAAUUUAAAAAACCAACACACACACAUAUAUAAAUAUAUAUAAAUAUAAAUACUUAAAAAUUAAGGCUAAUUGUCAUACAAAACAAACUUUCAAUAACAAACAAAACAGAAAAAAUAA